AUGAAAGAAUUAUUAAAAUUAUUAGAGAAUGAAAUUCAUAAAACAAACAGUAAUGAAUAUGAUAAAUUUAUAAGUAAGUUAACAGAGAUUAUAAGAGAGGAGAUUAGCAAAUACCAAAAGAUAAAUGAAGGUAUUAUUAAAGAUAUCGAUAUAAAGAAAGAAGAGUUAGAGAAAUUAAGAAUAGAGAUAGGUGAGUUAGACAGUAAAGAGAUAGAAGAUGAUAAUUUACUAGUAAAACUAAAUAAAUAUAUAGAAGAAAGAGAUAGUUUAAUUUCUAUGAAAAAUGAAUUAAAAACUAAGAUAGAUAAUUUAAGAAUCGAGUGUGAAAAGUACCGGAAGUUACUAGAAUUAGAUGAAGAUGAAAGUUUAGAAGAAAACAAUCUAAUUGGAGUACAAAGAUACUAUGAAUAUAAAAUAAAAGAGUAUGUUAAAUUAGUUGAGAAAAGAGAAGAAUUAAGGGAUGAUUAUAUAAAAGAAAUUGAUGAAAUUUCCUCACAACUCAAAAUAAAAACUGAAACAGAUAAAUCAAUAUUUGAACUAAAAGAAACUUUAGAUCAUUUAAAUCAAAAAUUAAAUAAAAAUAAACAAACACAUAAAGAACUAAUAAAAGAUAUAAAAGAAAGGGAAUCAGUUUUAAUUUCAUUUAAUUUAAUUGAAAGUAUAAUUUUUGAUGAAAUUUUUACAGAUAAGUAUAUUUUAAUGUUAAAAGAAUACAAAGAAAAAUUAUUAGAAAUAGAAAAUGAUAAUAUUGAACGUAUUUUUAAUAAAUAUCAUAAUGAGCUAGUUAGUUUAAGAGAAAUAUUUCAAUUAAAUACAGGUGAGUCUUCAGAUAAGAAUUUACAGAAAGUUAUUGAAGAAAUAAAAAAUUUAAAGUGUAGAAAGGAUGAUUUUUUAGAAAUUAAGACUUUUAUUGAUGAGAGAGUUGAUUUAUUAAAAUCAAUGGAAGAGUUUGAAAAAUUAGCAAGUGAUCCGAAAAGAUUGUUUAAAUCUUCUUUUCAACUUAAUAAAGAAGAGAAAUUUAGAAAAACUGCUUAUCCUAACCUCAUCAAAUUAGAAGAGUCUAUUUUUAACAAAAUUGAAAAUUAUGAAAGAAAACAUGGAAAGUUUAUUUUUAAUAGAAUUGAAUAUAAAGAUUUCUUAAAGAGAGAAAUUGAAAACAGAGGGUUGUUAAUAACAUUUGAUACUCCACAGAGAAAGAAAUUGAAAAAUUUAAAAUAA